CAUGCAAAGAGCUUCGUAGAGUUUGUAGUUUGUGCUUUGUUUUUGUUUUGCCUGUGUCUGUGUAAUGACGUGAUUUGUUCAAGGAAAACUUGAGAGUAUUUUUGUCUGCCGAGUCGUGCUGAUACUGAAAUUGAUUCGAAGCUGUUACGUAACACAUUGGUGUUCGUAUGAAGCGGCGUAGUAUAGCAAUGGACGCAGAUGCCUUCAUAUCGUCGAAAGUUUCCCUUGUGGAAAGGAAUCCCCAGCCGAUGGGUCUGCAGCUGGUCAGCCCCACCGCCGUAGGCAGAACCGAUCGAGCCAGCCUCAUCGAACUGGCGCAGGAGAUUGAAAUGGCAGAUGAGUUUGUGCAGUCGACAGCCGGGGCACAGCUGCGGCUGAUAGCAGAGCAGGUGUCGGUGCUGCGGCGGCAGGCGGAGCGCGUGCUGUCGGAGGCGGCGCAGUCGCACCGCCUGCACCACGCGGCCUGCAACUUCCGCAAGGCGCCCGGCUCCGUCUACCACCUCUACCGCCGGCCCUCGGGACAGGAGUACCUCUCCAUGCUGGCGCCACAGGAGUGGGGUCCGAAGGGCCCGCCAGCGGGGCACGAGUUCCGCGGUUCGUUCAGGCUCGAGGCGGACCGCAGUUGGACGCCGGCGGGCGAGGGGCCCCCGCGGCCUGCGGCACGCGCCGUCGCGGACAUCUUCGGGCCCGCGGAGGACGCAGCCGCACGUUUUGACGUGACGCAGCCGCUGCGCGCCAUCGAGGGGUGCACCCGCGCGGCCUGCACGUCGUGACGCGAGCUCUCGGCUCGCGUGCGGCCGCGUUUUGUCGGCGGGUACUGCCGACGUGUGUCGGCGUAGGGAGUGAAGAAUUCUGUGUGGAAAACUGCUCCCCUUUCUGAGAGCUACCCCCUACACCACGAAGGGAGUGCUUGGAAUUGUGUGCGGUGUCUGCCCGAGUUCCUGCUUAUCUCAAUGACUUAAAAUGUCAAGAGUUUCAUUUCAGAUAAUAUAUGCACUACUACAAUUAAUGUUAUAUGAGAAAAUUGUAAACAUAUAGUAGAACAGCA